CUUUGGUCAAAACCUCCAUGGCUAAAGAAUAAAUGCAAAGAGUGGUCCCAGAGGUGAUUUUUAGCACUUUGGCACAGGCUAUGAACCAUAUUACAUGUCUUCUUUAGGGUCUGGUCCCUGGCAGGAUUUAUUUCUGCGUCAAGGAAGAUUACAGCUAAUAGGAUUUGCUCCUUGGAGGCUGUGGGCAUGUUUGGUGCAAACCCUGCACAGUGCUUUCUUAAAGAAGAAUAUGGACCCUAUUUUUCACAUUUUUCUUCUUCUUCUGGCCUUUCACAAGAUAAAUCCAUCUCUAUCGUCUUGUGUCACGGGAUGCUCUUGUUCUAAAGACGGUUUUGGAAGGAGUUUGCUCUGCAUGUCUGCGCUGCUGACAAAGAUCCCUGAAAACAUCCCUCAAGACAUCAGAAAAAUUAGGAUAGAAAACUCUCACCUAACAGAAUUGCCUCGUGGUUCAUUUUCAAAUGUCAGUGCCUUGGAGUACCUUUGGCUCAAUUUUAACAACAUCACGGUUAUGCACCUGAAGAGCCUCGAAGACCUGCAGGCCUUGAAGGAGCUGCGGUUGCAGGGGAACAAAUUAAGCUCAGUGCCAUGGACAGCAUUUCAAGACACCCCAGCUCUGAAAAUCCUGGAUCUGAAGCACAACCGGCUGGAUGUCCUUCCUGAACACGCGCUCAGGUAUCUGCCCAACCUGACCUAUUUAGAUCUCUCCUCAAAUCAGCUUACUGUCAUUUCCAGGGAGGUCUUCUCCAGCUGGCCCGUCUACCAACGAAGCCAGCGGGCAGAAGGGAAAAUGGACCAUGCUGCCAACGCCGUCCUGGCCCUUCACGGCAACCCGUGGCUUUGUGACUGUCGCCUGAGAGGAUUUGUCCAGUUUAUCAAAUCCGUUGGCCCACCUAUUAUUCUGAUGAAUUCUUAUUUAACUUGUUCAAGCCCAAAAUUCAGGGCCGGGAAGUUUUUCCAUGAAGUGGAGCUCAACAGCUGCAUGAAACCGCUCACCUCAGCCCUUGACACCAACCUGACGGUCCCGGUGGGGCUGAACGUCACCCUGACCUGCUACGUGCAAGCCAGCCCUUCCCCAGCCGUCUGGUGGACCUACGCACUCAAACUUUUAAGGGCGUUUAAUGUGUCCAUGCAGCCGGUGGGCGAGGAGACGGUGCGCUCGGAGCUGCACAUCCCAGCCGCCCGGCCAGCUGACGCCGGCAGCUACACCUGCGCCGCCGCCAACUUCCUGGGCAACGCCUCCGUCGCCAUCGCCCUGCGGGUCGGGACGCCACUGGCCGCCCCCGCUGCCGCCACCACCGCCACGGCAGGGCCCCUGGGGGCUGGCAGUGCUGAGGGCGGCGCCCACGUGGAGGUGCGCAUCGCCAAGCAGACGGUGUACGGCAUCACGCUGGAGUGGCGCGCGGCGGCCGCUGAGCCCGGCGACACCUGGUACACGCUGCACCUGGGCCGCUACGACGCCGCCCGCAAGGACACGGUCUCCGUGGGCCCCGGCGUGCACACCUACUCCGUGGGCGACCUGCUGCCCGCCACCAAGUACGAGGUGUGUGUGGCCGUGCGCGACCAGGCCCCCCGCAAGGGCCAGUGCGUCGUCUUCGUCACCGGCAGCGACAUCAGCCAGCUGGAGCAGCGGGAGAAGCUCAUCCACAUCGUGGUCAUCGUGUGCGCCAUGGUGCUGGCGGUGCCCGCCGGCAUGUACGCCUGCACCGCCGAGGCCCGGCCCGGCUGCCUGGUCCGCGGGCUGGCGCCCUGCCGCCGGGGCCGCCGCGGGGACCGGGCGCCGCGGGGCGGCCACGACAGCAGCCUCGACAGCCUGCCCGGCGGCAGCGAGGACGGGCUCUGCCGCCCCGGCACCGCCGCCAGCAACGGCAAGCGGCUGCCCCGGGCGUGCGAGGAGCCCGAGCGCCCCGGCAAGGCCCGGCCCGGCCACAGGAACAGCGCCGACCUCUACUAGCCCCCAUGGCCAAGAGAUCGCGCCUUGCUUUCUUGCCAAUGUGAGGGUUCUGGUUCUAGACGGACUCCCUCAGACAGCACCUGCGUGCAGAGGGGUGUCACGGUGCUGCCCCAUGCAGGGCCGUGGCGUGGGGCCGGGGAGCCGCCAGCAGGGUCCCAACUGUGGGGCCAGCACAUGCACGAGCGCACACAUACAUGUAUAUAUGCGCGUGUGUGUGUGUGUGUGUGUGUGUGUGUGUGUGUGUGUGUGUGU